CUACUGAAAGAAUGCUGUGACCCUGGCCAGCUCUUUGCCAUGACAAAAGAGAACUCUCCAGUGGGAAAGAAUCUCUGGUAUGAUGGCGAAUUUCUGUACUCCUUCACCAUUGACAAUGAAACCUUCUCACUUUUUCCAAAGGCCACCCCAUUCCAGUUGCCUCUGAAGAAAUGCUCUGUGGUGGGAAACGGCGGGAUUCUGAAGAAGAGCAACUGUGGCAGACAAAUAGAUCAAGCGGACUUUGUCAUGCGGUGCAACCUUCCUCCCCUCACCAGUGAGUACAGCAAGGAUGUUGGAUCCAAAACUCAGCUGGUGACUGCAAAUCCUAGCAUAAUUGAGAAAAGGUUUCAGAGUCUUCUUUGGUCUCGGAAAGCAUUUGUGGACAGUGUUAAAGUCUACAAUCAGAGCUACAUAUAUAUGCCAGCCUUUUCCAUGAAAGCGGGGACGGAGCCCUCUCUCCGGGUCUACUACACUCUAGCAGAUGUUGGCGCUAAGCAAACAGUAAUCUUUGCCAACCCAAACUUCCUGCGAGACAUUGGGAAAUUCUGGAAGAGCAAAGGAAUUCACGGAAAGCGGCUGUCGACGGGUCUCUUCCUGGUCAGCGCAGCCUUGGGUUUCUGUGAAGAAGUAACAAUUUAUGGCUUCUGGCCUUUUUCGAUGGACCUGCAUGGAAAGUUCAUCAGUCAUCAUUAUUAUGACAACGUCUUGCCAGAUUCAGGCUUCCAUGCUAUGCCAGAGGAAUUCUUACAGCUAUGGUUCCUUCACAAAACAGGAGUAUUGCGAAUGCAGCUUGAACACUGUGAAGACUCUGUGUUUCACCCUGCAUCCUGAGAACUGGGAUGUAUGAAAAAAACAUCCUGAAGAGGAGACGGGGGGAAAAAUAACCAAACCCAGAGCUGCAUGGACCUCUACAUUAAGAAAAUUGUGCCAUUAACAAUAGAAGGUGAAUUGAAGAAUUAAGAGUCCUCACAUGCCAUGUUUUGUGAGGUCCUUGACGGAUGUUAUUCAGCAAAAUGACAGAAUUCGACUGGUUGAUGCUAAGGUUGUAAUACAAGGGCAUGAAGGGGUUGGGGUAGAAUUACAAAGGGCUUUCAGUGACAGUGCUGAAUAUUUCAUGUUGCUCAGAUUUUAAGACUGAUACCCAAUUGGGAAUAUGUUUCUUUAGUGUCAUUUCUUCCUUUGUUCCCAAAGCUGGAUCUUGAAAGGUGCCUGAAGCCACCCAUUCCUAUUUUCUUCAAGAAGCAUUGAACAAAUAGCAGAACUGUGCCAAUUUCCUCUCUUCCUCCUCUUCUUUUUUUUUUUGAAAGAAACAAAAAUAACCAACAGUGUAUUUCAGUAGUAGGAUCCGUAAGCCCUUGGAGCACAAACUGGAAAAAUGGUUUUGUUUUUGUUUUGUUUUUUUUAAAAAAAAUGUGAAUGUUUUUUAGCAAAAUAUUUAUUUUUAUGAAAUGGUGGCCCAGAUUUUUUUCCACAUAGGUAUAUUGCUGUAAAGUACUGUUCUUGUUAGGUAGUCAAGGUUGCUCCUGGUCAUAAAACUAUCAUGCAUCCUUUCAUGCAACAUUGAACUAAGCCACGAUUCUGAGCUGGCCUCGCUAUAUCAAAACGUCACAUAACUUGCUUCAUGAUAAAAACAAAACAAAGCACCUCAGCCUGUUUCGUAUGCUGCCAAUCCUGGGUUUUGUAGAAGCUGACUUGAGCCAAUUUUGUGAUGUCUGAACAUUAUGUGCCAUGUUUAUUUUAUGUGCUUCAUCCUACAUUCCUUCAUAUGUCCAAGACUCAAUGAGAAGGUCGUGCAUUGUACUUAUAGGUUAUGCAUUCCACAGAACUUGGAAAAGUUUAUAUCAACAAGUAAAUACAUGUACAGUUUCAAGCUUCCCCAACCAUUAGAGUUAUAGUUGCAUUUUAAAAGUUGGCUCUUUAGUUUUUCAUUUAUUCAAAAGUAGCUUUCUUUUAAAUAUUGGUAAGUUAUAAACUGCUGGCCUCUGAUGUAACCAACACUGACUUAGGCUGUCUCCCCAUUACUGUAAAGGUAACUAAACCCUUUACAGUUGAACUGCAGAAAGAGUGAUUUAUCCCUUGCCAUAUUAAAGUUGUAAUGCAACUUAGUUAAGCCUUAGUUGUUUCAAAAAGAAAUUAAUUACAAUGAAUGUUAUUUGUAACUAGUUAUUUGUAAUCCCUUGUCAUACCUAUUUCAGACUUUGGGGAAAGAGCAACAGGUAAGAGCACAUUCUUUGCAAAUAGACAGUCUCGUGUUCAUUCCUGAGUUGAAUCCAAGGUGGUAGUUUGAAUCAUUGAAGGGUUUCUUCCAGGGAAAAUAGGCAAUACUAGAAUAGAUAACUGGGUCAACAUAAACAAUUUCAACUACAAAAAUGUCAGUUUGUCAAGUGUAAAUUUACUUUGAUCCAGGUCAGUGAUAUUGAGCCAUUUUCAGCUUAACUCUAAUAUGAUCAAACUUACUUCCCUUUAAAUCCCUGAGUUUAUCAGGUUGGUUUAAACAAUAAGCUGUGAAAUGAGUAAGUGUAACGAGAAGCUGUAGGCCAAGACUGGUGAUUCCCUAUUAAGUAAAUUGUACAACGUGGUGAUACUACAAGAGUUCAACAAACCAACAUUACCUGUGAAAUGAACUGAGAGUAUGGCAAUGCCAACAACUUAUUUCCAGAGGUUGGGGAAGUUGCUUUUUUGGAAUAAAAGUCCCAGAAUCCCCCAUCCAGCAUUGUCAAGUAGCUUUUCCAAGUUACAUAUGUGUCCAUUGUCAAACUUGAGGGGAAACAAAUCUUUCACAAAUGGUUCUCCACUUUCUCCUCUGUAGAUUUUGAUAUCACAUAUUUUCUACCUUUUUUUCAGAUGCUUGCAUAUUUGUUGAAUUUUCAUUGAAUUUUUUAGGUCUCACCCUAAGAAAAAUAAAAUAUGCCUCCCCCCCCCAACAAAAUAGCUGUUUUAUUCAUAUGUGGAUCUGUGCAGUUAAUUGACUCAGAUUUGUUUAAUUGAUUCAGAUUUGUUUAAUAUUAAUGUAUAAUUGAUUAAAUCCCACAAAUCUGCAUGUGAAUAAAAUUACUGUUUUGCCAAAAAAGCAUACUUUUUAAUGGCACAUGUACAUGUUUCAGGAAGUGCUGUCUUCAUAGGUAGAAAAUGUGCCAUAUUGGAUGCCAUGUUGCCUACAGUGUGAAAGUGAAGGGGAAUCUUCUCAGAUGAGACCUAUCUUCCAUUUUUACAGAUAUUAGUGUUGAAGAAUAAUUAACAUUUGUGUGUGUUUUUUUAAAAUGUGUUCACCAAUUAAUGAAUGAUGCCUUCCUAGAUAAUUAAAAUUGGUUCAGUCUAACCAAUGAGUUAACUGUUGCAGCUCUAAUAUUUAUCUGUAUUUGUCACCCAAUGAUGUUUGAUUUUGCAGAGUUUAUUUUGCAAUAUUGGAUCACUGGUGUGUUCAGAAAGUGAUUUUGGUGUUUUUUACUAUUUAACAGUUGGCAACCUAAACUAUUUUAUAUUUGAUACUUGCCAAAAUAAGAGUAUCCAAGAGACUCCAAACGUUUUCAGAUUAGAAUUUAAACUGUAAAACAGGGAAUUCUGUGUUUAAAAUAAUUGUAUUCUUUUUGCUCCUAGUCUGGUUUACAUCACGUUUUGCACAAUGGACAUAAUUCCUUUUAAUUCUUCCUCCCACUCUGGAGUAAUUUUUUGACAUAAGCAGUAAUAGAGAAUGUUUCCUCAUCUCUUAACUCAUCUUGAUCAUUUUUGCAUUGUGUUUAUACAGUUAUAACUAGAAUCAUCAGGGUAAUAAUGAAAGUUAGUUACACUUUCUUUUUGUUGAGCAUCCUAUGAGCACUUUCUUCCUAUAAAACAUACCAGUGAUUAUCAGAGGAACUGGAAAUAUGAGUGAAAGUGUUUGCAGCAUAGCACCUAUUAAGGGUGAGGGCAAUGCUUUCUGAAAUGACUUUUUGACAUUAUUAUACAUCCAAGUCUGGGCAUGUAGCACCAUCACAAAGCCAUUUAAGAGUAUUUACAAGAAUGAUAUCCCUUAUUUUGAACUGGCACUGGGACUGGCUGCACAGGAUCAUGGUAUCACAGCAUACAAAUUCAGAUCCCAGAUAAACUGGAGUUCUAAUUGAAAGGCAGUACAGCUAAAUGAAUAUGAUUUAAGCUGGAGCAGAAGCUGGUAAGGAUGGUCAAUACUAGUGAACAGAAACAAAAAGGUUAAUGGUGGCAGCAUUUCAAUUUUGUCAAACUCAAUUUUGUCACAGAGAUAUCCAUGGAGAAAUUCAGUACAGCAUUAUGUCAGUAGCUUACUAACUUGUAUAUAGAGUACAGCAUGUUGUUCCUGAUGGGGAAUUGGGAUGUAAAUGGUAAAACAAACCAGCCACCAAGGGCUUUUCACUUAAGCUGUAUUGAAAAUAUUCUUAGAAGCAUUAAAAACUCCCUACCUAAAGAUAUAAAAUGCCAAUGGGACUAACAGUCUAUAUCCUAUAGGCAUACUUACUAGGAAUCUAGGUUUGUAUGCAGCUCUUCCUGAAUGUACAUGAAGAAUCAACCCUAGUAUUGUUACUUCGUUAUGCAUGGGAUAUCGCUAAAUAUGCACAUAUAUUUUUAAAAUGUGUGUGCAUGAGUGGAGGGUAAUGAUUUGUACUGCUGAUGGUCAACCAUUAGAGCAAGUGGACAUACCCAGCCACAUUCCAGUUCCAGCAACUGCACACAUGCAUUUUUAGGGCUUAUUCAGAACUGACCCAUGUAUUUGGAACAGAUUGGUUCAGUCCUCCUGGGAUUCUACAGCUUUGUAAAUUGGGGUUGUAUCACCCAUUGAGCUAUUUCUUCCACAUCUUUAACAAGACAGACUCUGUCAUACAUCUAGGGUACAACCUUGUCUCGUGGUGUACUAGUUUUCUAGGAGUGGGGAAUUUUUGGCAGGGAUAUGAUGAACUGCCCAUUUGUAUAAACCUGACAGCACGCAUUUAGUAUGUGUGAGAUAGAUACGUAGAUAGAUAGAUAUGGUAUGCAUACCAAGGAUUCUGGCAACGUGCCAGUCUUGAAGGAUUAGAUUUUGUUCAUGUAGGAUUAGAUUUAUAAAUUUUGCUUCAGGGGGUCUGGUGGGUCAUGAGAUGAUAAAUGCCUUCAAUAAAUAAAUAUCGUAAAUAGACCUUUAUCUCUUAGAGAAUAAUAAUCUGUGGCCCAAACAUUGCAGUGUAUUGGGUCUUCACAUUUGAUGAGCUGUGUAUAUGUCAUACUUGAGUAGGAAGACUCACAUAAAGUGAAAACAACUCUGAGUUACAGAGCUGAAUCAACCCACCUGACAGUCAAACGUUUAAUAAUGGGACUUCAAAAUGAAGUUCCAUGUGAUUAUUAUUUUAUGUCUGCAAGAGGGGACUUGCAGUAUUUGUAGACAAGUAAUUUACAUGGCAUCGUUUGGCUCAGUGAUUAAGUCAGUACAGUUGACUUCAGCAAAUGGUUAGGUCAUACAAAUGGAUUGGAUUCAAAGGCACCUUUCUUUCAGAGUGAGGAGUGCUUCCAUCAGUGGAGGAGUCAUUUUGUUAGAUGAAGAUUCCUUCUGUUGAAGGAGAUUUCUUUUGCUGGAGGAAGGAAGCUCUUGUAUGUAAAGAUAUCCAUUAUUGACACACAGAUUGUGGAUCUUAAUGAUACCUUUAGAGAAUGUUGUUGAGUCCAGAAGGUAGGAGAUUGAGAAAUGGUGUGUGAACACAUACCAUAGGAUCCUCCUUUGGUGUCACCUAGCCAAGAUGUCAGAAAAAAGUGUCAUGAUGUGCAUCAGCCCCUUGUUAAAUAAGGACGUUGUGAAACUCCUCAAUUCUAUUUCCCACUGACAUAAGUCCGUUUACAUAGAUAUAAGUCUCAUAUUGUUUUCCAUCCCACAAGGGAGAAGAGGGUCAACAUUUUGAUUAUUAUUAUUAUUAUUAAACUUUAUUUAUAUAGUGCUGUAGGAAGCAGAAAAGUUAUGUUGCUGAAUACAGAUAAUGCCAGAAUGCAUCAGGAAGAAAAUAGGGUUUAAUGUGUCAAAUAAUGACCAGAUCUUUAAAUAUAUAUUCAUUAAUGCUCUCAUCUCUUGAAAAACUAGUAUUUUCAUCAGAUUUUUAAAUGCUCUCUCAUUAUCAAUUGAUGUUUGUGGCCUCUUUCAUUUUAAUCAUCCUUAGUC